GCUGAAAGAUACCGGAUUCAGUGUCAAAAUCUGGAGACAAUGGAGCAUUCUAUGGAGGCGCAAUUGGUCUCCUUGGAGUCAGAUAAUGCACGAUUAAAUAAGGAGCUAGAACAACGCGAGGUCUUCUGGGAACAGCGAGAGGCUGAGCUUGAAGGUGCAUUGGCCUUAGCGGAGAACAAUCAGGUUAGGUUUGAGAUUGUCAGCAAUUAUUGA